AAAGACUAAACAUAUACACCAACUGAACUUACUAGCUAUUUUUCCGAUCGGCGAAAAUCAUCCUAGUGACCCGUUACCGGCGAGUGACCCGAAAAGAGGAAGAUGAACACAGACAUUACAGCAUCGGCAAAACCCGAAUACCCGGUUGUAGAUCGUAACCCACCGUUUACUAAAACCGUUGCCAAUUUCAACACACUCGAUUACCUCCGUUUAACCACCAUUACCGGCAUUUCCGUUACCGUUGGCUAUCUCUCUGGAAUAAAGCCAGGGAUUAGGGGGCCGUCGAUGGUUACCGGAGGUUUGAUUGGGCUAAUGGGUGGUUUCAUGUACGCUUACCAGAACUCUGCUGGCAGGCUCAUGGGUUUUUUCCCUAAUGAAGCAGAGGUAGCCAAAGCCAAGUACAAGAUUUAACUGCUUCCCUUUUGUUUUUCUGGUUCUUUUGGAUUCCUUUUUGUACUUUCUAAACAUGCUAUGAAACGGUGGCGUUUCUUUUUUCUAUAUGAAAACUUUGUUGAAAGUUAUAUCGUUAAUAACCAGAAUGUGGUGACUGGCUUAAUACAAAUUUAGGAUUGGUUGUUUUGCUAUGAA